AAACGCCACAUCGGCAGAGGAGUUAGAAGAAUUUGUAAAAUUUCGUGUUUAGAGAAAAAAAUAUGUUUUUGAAAAAAAUCUUUGUGAUAUUCAGUGUUGUUGUGAGCUAUGUUCAUUCCCUGGAUUGGUGUGAUAAAGAACUGUGUCCGAAUGGUGGGAAACAUAUUGCCUGUAAAAAUUCGGGGGGCUUCCACAAGCGAUGUGAGCCGGAUGUUGAAAUCAUUGAUUUGCGACCGUAUCGUGACCUGAUACUACACGAACACAACAAUCGUAGAAAUUUCGUAGCUCAGGGACUAUUGCCGGGUUAUUAUCCUGCAGCGCGUAUGGCCACUCUUCAAUGGGAUGACGAAUUGGAAUUUUUGGCUGAACUAAAUGUUCGCACCUGUGUUGUAGAUCAUGAUGAAUGCCGGAACAGUUAUCGUUUCCAGAAUAUUGGACAAAAUCUUGUGGGCAUAGCCCACUACAAGCAUGAACCACAAAAUAUUACAGCCAUUCUAUUGAAGGAUAUAUUUUUAUGGUAUACGGAACACAAGAUAAUCGAUAGCAGUUUUAUAACUUCAUUUAAGGUUACCAGAGAUUUCGAAAAAUAUGGUCACUUUGCAGAGUUUGUCUUGGAGCGUAACACCCAUGUUGGUUGUUCCAUGAUCCGUUACACCUACCCGAAAAAUAGAGAUCUGUAUAUAUAUAACUUGGCUUGCGACUAUGCCAGUGUCUAUGCCUAUGAUGCGCCGGUGUAUGCUGCUGGAAAACCCGGUUCGGGCUGUAAAACAGGAACCAAUCGCAAAUAUCCCUCUUUGUGUUCCACCCGGGAAGUUUAUAAUCCCAACUAUUAGAUUGAAUUUGAUUCGUAACAAUUUAUAAUAGUGUUAUUUUGUAAUUUUUGAAAAUGUUCACAUUGAAUGUUUGAAAAUAC